AUGAGCAGCAUGUUAGCCAAGAUUGCAGAGACUGAAGCUGAGAUGGCUCAGGCUCAAAAGAACAAGGCUACAACACAUCACCUGGGGCUGCUGAAAGCUCGCCUUGCUGAGCUUCGCCAGGAACUCAUUACUCCAAAAGGUGGUGGUGGUGGUGGAGAAGGUUUUGAUGUGGCCAAGACAGGUGAUGUUCGAAUUGGGUUUGUGGUUUUUCCAUCUGUGGGGAAGUCAACACUGCUCAGUAACCUGGCAGGAGUGUAUUCCAAGGUGGCAGCCUAUGAAUUUACUACUCUGACCACUGUGCCAGGCAUUAUCAGAUACAAAGUUGCCAAGAUCCAGCUUCUGGAUCUUCCAGGUAUCAUUGAAGGUGCCAAGGAUGGGAAAGGUAGAGGCCAUCAAGUCAUUGCAGUGGCCGGAACCUGUAACUUGAUCCUGAUUGUUCUGGAUGUCCUUAAACCCUUGGGGCAUAAGAAAAUAACUGAAAAUGAACUGGAAGGCUUUGGCAUUCACUUGAAUAGCAAACCCCCUAACAUUGGCUUUAAGAAGAAGGACAAAGGAGGCAUUAAUCUCAUGGCCACUUGUCCUCAAAGUGAGCUGGAUGCUGAAACUGUGAAGAGCAUCUUGGACGAAUACAAAAUUCAUAAUGCUGAUGUGACUCUGCAUAGUGAUGCCAGAGCUGAUGACCUCACUGAUGUGGUGGAAGGAAACAGAGUGUAUAUCCCCUGUAUCUAUGUGUUAAAUAAGAUUGAUCAAAUCUCCAUUGAGGAAUUGGAUAUCAUCUAUAAGGUACCUCACUGCAUCCCCAUCUCUGCCUACCACCACUGGAAUUUUGAUGAUCUAUUGGAAAAGAUCUGGGAUUAUUUGAAACUAGUAAGGAUUUACAAAAAACCCAACGGCCAGUUACCAGACUACACAUCUCCGGUGGUGCUGCCUGACUCCAGGACCACAGUGGAGGACUUCUGCAUGAAGAUUCACAAAAAUCUUAUCAAAGAAUUUAAAUAUGCUCUGGUCUGGGGUCUGUCUGUGAAGUACAAUCCUCAAAAAGUGGGUAAAGACCAAACGUUGGAGGACAAGGAUGUCAUUCAGAUUGUAAAGAAGUGA